GCUUUUGCUCUGUGGUCUGUUAAACUGAAGACCCAUCCUUAUGCAGAAGUGUCAGAUCCUAGGAAAUAAACGGAACUCGACUCUGACUUUUCUCUCCAUUCCUGUCCUCUUACUGCCCUUCUUGGUCUGCAUCGGUUUGCUGACUUCUGCAGCUUUUCUUUAACCUUCCCCGGCAGCACAACAUCAGAAGCAGCUCAGCCUCUGUCUCCCUCCAUAGUUUACUUAGAACUAAAGCUGAUUUGUGAGUCUGGGGAGUCAGCAACAAGCACCGCUUCUUGAAAUCGAUCACAUAAUUAGCCCCAAAGCUCUUCUAAAGGCCCAGACACCCAGCACUGGGUGAGUACUCCCCUGUUGGUACCACUCAUCCAGCCAGGAGACUUCCAAGAUUCAAGUCAGCCAACCUGCACCCACCAAUGUACCUUGUUUAACAAGGGUUGCCAACAGCCAGAUACCGGAAACUUGCCCUGAAGAACCACCCAUUGAAGUCAUCUGAGCCGGGUGCACCAGAGAUAUUCAAGCAAAUAGCAGAAGCCUACGACGUGCUGAGCGACCCUGUGAAGCGAGGCAUCUAUGACAAGUUUGGUGAGGAAGGCCUGAAGGGUGGGAUUCCCCUAGAGUUUGGAUCCCAGACUCCAUGGACAACUGGCUACGUCUUCCAUGGCAACCCUGACAAAGUGUUCCACGAGUUUUUUGGGGGAGACAACCCCUUCAGCGGUACUAAAUGAAGACAGAUAUUCUUCUACCAUCAAGGACAAGAUCCUGACCAUCGAUGUGAGACCUGGAUGGAGGCAGGGCACACGCAUCACCUUUGAGAAGGAAGGGGACCAGGGCCCCAACAUCAUCCCUGCUGACAUUAUCUUCAUUGUGAAGGAGAAGCUGCACCCUCGCUUCCGCAGGGAGCAUGACAACCUCUUCUUCGUGUACCCCAUUCCUUUGGGCAAGGCCCUUACCUGCUGCACUGUGGAGGUGAAGACUCUUGAUGACCGGCUGCUCAACAUCCCUAUCAACGACAUUGUCCACCCUAAGUACUUCAAGAUUGUGCCAGGUGAGGGGAUGCCACUGCCUGAGAACCCCAGCAAGAAGGGAGACCUCUUCAUCUUCUUUGACAUCCAGUUCCCCACCCGCCUCACACCCCAGAAGAAGCAGAUGCUGCGCCAGGCAUUGCUGACCUAAUUCUGGGGGACCUGAGCAGGAACAGGGAUGGAGAGGGCUAGCUGGGCCUUGCCUGCUCCUAUCCACUCAACUCCCACAGCCUAUGAAGAUGGGGAGGCGUGAGACCUUAGGCUGACAUAAUAAAGAUUCCUAUCCUAUAGCUAUGA